CAAAACCACUAAACUACAGAUUCCAUAAGAGCUUUUAAAAGGGAAUGGAUUAAUGUAAGUGAGGGAAAUGUUAAAUGGUUAGGGGAGGAGGAGACCAGGGACUGGCAUGAGUAAAUGGCUCCAGUAGGGAAGCUAGCACACACUAUGACCAAAUGACCUUGCUCUGUACUGUACACAUACUGUUAUUCUAUAACAAUUGAGUAAUCUGGGCACAGGGAUUAAGACUGCUGUUGCCAAGAUGUUGUGUAGAUAAUUGAAAGAGUGAUCAGCGGUUUGCCUCACAGGUUUGCCUCACACCAUACUGCAGGGUGCUUCAGUCACUCCACAUGAAUUCAAAUGUUUUGUCUUACAGAUAUCCAGAUUGGAAUCCAGAUGCUAUUCCUCCAACAAAGGAUGAUCUGGCGAAAAAAGAGAAAGAGGCUGCUGCUGCGGACGUAGCCCUCUUGUCCUCCGGCUCCGGGCGCAUGAGUCCAAAGCAUUUGAGUCCCAGAAGAUCCGGUUCCAGACAUCUCAGCCCACACAGAUCCAGCCCCAGGCGAAGUCCACACAGGUCCAGCCCCAGGCGAAUGAGCCCAUACAGAUCACGGAGCCCCAGACGUCUGAGCCCACAUAGAUCGAGGAGUCCCAGACACUUUAGUCCACACAGGUCAAGGAGCCCUAGACGUUUUAGCCCACAUAGGUCAAGGAGCCCCAGGCGUUUUAGCCCACAUAGGUCAAGGAGCCCGAGACGUUUUAGCCCUCAUAGAUCGAGGAGUCCCAGACAUCUGAGCCCAUACAGGGGCAGCCCUAGACGUCUGAGCCCAAGGAGAUCAAGUCCCAGACGUUCUAGCCCAUACAGAGGCAGACACAGUCCUCAUCGCUUGAGCCCUUACAGGUCCAGGAUCAGUCCACGACACUCAAGCCCACAUAGGUGCAGAGCCAGUCCUCGGCGCUUGAGUCCACAUAAGUCCAGGGCCAGCCCAAAACGCUCCAGCCCGCACCAAUCCAAGUCAAGCCCACGCCACUCCAGUCCAAAGCGCAAACCUCAGAAGGAAUCCAGUUCCAAGCAUACAAGCCAGAAGCCUGCAAACCAGAAGUCUUCAAAAGUGGCUGGCCACACAGCGAGGCCUGCGGCCUCCAGUGAAGCAAAGAGCACUGAAGUGCGUGCUGCCGCCUCAGUGCAGAAACCUGCUCAGCAAGCUGCCCAGAAAGAGACUAGUGUCCAACAGGAGGAAGCAAUGAGGAAGACCGGGCGUGUGGUUCACCUGACUGACCUGCCCCCCGAUGGCUACACACAGAAAGAUGUCUUAAAGCUGACCCAGCCAUUCGGGAAAGUCACCUCCAUUAAGCUGUUGCGCUCAAAAAAUGAGGCUUUCCUGGAGAUGGCCUUCAAGGAGGCAGCAGUGGCUGUUGUGGAGUUUUAUAGCAUCACACCAGUGGAGAUCAACCACCGGCAAGUCACCAUGAUGCUGCUCGGCAAGAAGAAGGAGGUUGCUAAGCUGGGUCUAAAGGAGGAACCAAAGAGCCAGGAAUGCUCUGCACAGAAAGAUGUAGCCCUUUUAGAGGCGAGUGGUGACUUACAGGACACAACAGAAACUUCAACUGAUAUUGAGCUGGCGUGUGAAGGGUUUGCUUCUGUGGAGAAGAAUUCCGAGAGUGUUAACUUGAAUGAGAAAGGUCGGGUUAUCCGCAUCAACAAUCUCCCUGCGAAAGGUUACAAAGAGGAUGACCUAAAACGGCUGGCCAAGCCCUUCGGACAGGCUAUCACCGCAGUUAUCACAUACUCCAGAAACCAGGCAUAUCUGGAAAUGGGCUGUGCAAAAUCAGCAGCUAAAAUGGUGGAGUUUUACAGCCUGUCUACCAUCAAACUGAAGGGGAAUCCUGUCAGCAUGGAGAUCCUGCCUCAGUACAUGGACCUGAGUGACAUGGAGGUUAUAUUUAAAGAUAUGAUUGAAGCAGCUGGUUUUAAAGCUGAAGACGGUUGCACUAUAUUUGACCACUUGGUUCAUGUGAGCAAUCUACCGGAAGACGGCUACACCGAAGUUGACAUCCUAUGUAUUGCUUUUCGAUUUGGAUGUGUGAAGGACUCCAUGUUCCUGAGCCCACAGAACAAGGUUCUGAUUCAGCUGGAGUGUGCCAGUGCCGCAAGUACCAUGUGCUGCUUUUUCAAAGAAAUUCCUCACGAUUUCCGCGGUCGAACCCUGGAAUUUUCCUUGUCUCCUAAAGUAACCAUGACACAGGUCCCCGAGACCCUGCUGCCCCCACAAGAUCCAGGAAUUCCAUUCCUUCCCCAUGAAGCAACUCCAUCGCAGGUUGAAGAAUCUACAAAGAUAAAUGAAGAAAGGUGUGCUGAACAGUCCGAGCCCGGGACCACCCAGGUCAACCCUGCUCCGCAAGGGGAGGAAGCCGCUGAAGUGGCCGUCACUGCUCCCAGCAAUGGGUCAGCCGUGACCCGCCCUGAGCCUGGAAACACCACCAUGGAGACAGAGACAAGCAUGGAGAGUGGGACAGCUUCCAGAGAGCAGACUCAGGCCUGCCCUGUCACCAGCACCAUGCCAGGAACACCCCUGGACACCACAUGCCCUGAUGCCACGCCAACAUCCCCGCCAACCGAGCCCGGGAAGCUGGAGACAGCGACCAGCGGGGCUGCCGUGCCGGGAGGUCCCUCCGACUUGGCUGCUAGGCUGGGGGUCCCUCACCCUACGCCAGUCACUGGGAACGCACCCACAAAGCCAGCACCUGCCCCUGACAUACUCACUAAACCGCUACCUAUGCCAGCGACGGCAGAUUCCAACAUCUUGACAAACAAACAUGUGCCCGCUAUGCACAAUCCACCCGCCAAGCUUGCCAUCAUAGCAACAAACUCCAUCCAGCCCCCCGCUGGUACAGUCGCUCCUGGCACUAAACCUGGCAUAGUGCAGACCAGCACAGUUACCAAACUUGACACAGCGCAGUCUAGCACAGUUACCAAACCUGGCACAGCGCAGUCUAGCACAGUCACCAAACCUGGCACAGUCACCAAACCUGGCACAGCGCUGUCUGGGACAGUCACCAAACCUGGCACAGUCAUCAAACCUGGCACAGCACCGUCUGGGACAGUCACCAAACCUGGCACAGUCACCAAACCUGGCACAGUGCUAUCUGGGACAGUUACCAAACCUGGCACAGCCCAGGUCAGCCGAGCUGCUACUGGCACUAAACCUGGCACAGUCACCAAAUCUGACACAGUUACCAAACCUGACACAGUUAACAAACCUGGCACACCACAGUCUGGCAUGGUUACCAAACCUGAUACGUGUACUGAACAUGGCACAGAUACCAAACCUGGCACAGUCCCCACCAGUGUAGUCAUAAAACCCACUACAGCUGCUGCCAGCACAGCCACCAAACCUGGCGCCGCCCCCACCAUCACCAAAUCUGGCAUAGACACUGAACCUGUUGCAGCCGUCCCAAGUGCAGUCACCAAACCCAGCACAGUCCUCAUUAGUGUCGUGGCCAAACCCAGUGAGUCCAGUGCCGUCACCACUGCCACAAGCAUUGAACCCACUGUGGCCCCCAAACCCAGCACAGCCAUCAAAUCCACACCAGCCUCCAAACCCAGCCAGGCUGCUGCCAGUGGAACUGCUGCCAGUGCCGAUUGUAAAACAACUCCAGCUGCUGGCAGUGUGGUCGCCAAACCCUCUACACCUGUCACAAAGCCUCCCCCUACUGCCAAACCUACUCCCACGCCAGUCACUGCAGCCAAUACACCACCUGUACCAGCGACCACACCAGACGGGGCUCCAGAAACCAGUGUCCUGCUGGCGGGUGCUGAGGGCAUGCCGGGGCAUCCUGCUGACACUGAGAAACCCACCAGCCUCGCUCUCAAACCCACAGCCACCUCAGGCCUUGCUCCCAAAGCAGCGCCAGGCAACACUCCGGCAAGACUGCCCGCUGGCAAAGGCAGCUCCAAACUCAGCGACAAAAAGACGCUGGUAAAUAAGAGGGAAACCAGUAAGACGGGUGUGUCCACGCGUGGCCAGGGCACAUCCCGGGACCGUAACAACCGGGAAGGCAACGGGAAAGGUCCUCUGCCCCACCCCAAGGAGAAGGAGCGGAGGCACCCGGCCCAGCACCGGGAGCACAAGGCACUGACCCGUGGCAAGGAGGACAAGAGCAAGGCUUUAGUGGAGAAAAUUCCCAAGGAUCGGAAAGCCCUCGGGAAAAGCCCGAAGAAGGAGGAGAAGGAAGAGGAUGUCUUUCCCUUUAACCUGGACGAGUUUGUUACUGUGGAUGAAGUGGGUGAAGAGGAGGAGAGCGCACUGAGUGCAGCUGAGAUGCCCACAGUUUCAGAGAGCAGCAACACCACCGCAGCACCACAGCCUGACAGCACGCAGGACAGCCAGGCAAACCCAGCAGUGAAACCAGUGAGCAGAGUGGAUGUGGUCCAGCUCAGACCAGUGCCUGAUGUGCCUGUGAAUACCAGCCUGACGGAGCAGGAGAGACCCACCAAGGCAACCACCGAGGCCAAGCUACAGCCAGUACAGGCGCUGGGCGCUGAGCGGGUAGCUUCUCUGGCAGCUGGUGACAGUGACACCCACACAGCGGCCAGCCCAGGAGCUAGCUUUACGCCGCCGGCAGCUACCGUUAAUUCAGGAGGAGACUCAGCCAAACCGUCCACCACACAGAAAGAUGAUGUGAAGUUGAGGCAAGAUGCAGUGAGUGAGGAGGGGCCGGCAGUGAAGCGGCCCCGCACUGACCCUGGUACCCACAAUGAUUUCAGGAUGCCGCCCUUUAAAGCUAGCACUCCAAUCGGCGUAAACUUCAUUGUUCCAAAGACCGGCUACUUCUGUCAGAUUUGUUCCUUGUUCUACACAAAUGAAGAUACGGCCAAAGUGACUCACUGUGGGACAGUGCUCCACUACAAGAAUAUGGAGAAAUUCAUGCUGCAGCGAGCGGAGGAGUUGAGAAGACAGGAGGCUCAUGUCGUGCGACAGGAUAAAGUGUCCCUCUGAUUGGCUCCCAUUCUGGUCGCUUCAGUCGCAGAAUAUUUUGGGUCCAAAGUGUUUGUUUGUGUGUUUGAGAGUGUUGUUGAGGCUCCGCCAUUGCUCUUCUCUUUGUUUGAGAAGCAGCUGCAGAACGGCCCACUAUUGCUCUCCACACGGACUGACCACAAUGAAGGAACUAUGGUUUUGAGGUUAAUAUUGUUUGUCCUCUUUUUACAUAAAUUGUAACAAUUUGCUUUCAGUUAUUCAAUUAAAAAUUAUGCCACAGA